CGGAUCCACGCGCAGAUAUGAAAGCGACGCGUUUUUAAAUCAGCGCAGAUUUAAAGGAAGUUUGGUGUCAAGUUAAAACAAGUUAGCCUAGCAUAAAGCUAACGACAAAAUCUGCGUGGUGACGUGGUUCAGUGGAUCAGGAAGCUGUCUCCUCCCGCUGGGCAGAGUCUAACCCUCCACUCCUUUGUGCUGCUGGAUCCCAGCUGAUCCACAGAGAUGAGCAGCUCCAGGCAGAGAGCCACAGAUCUCCUGAAGGCCUACGAGCACAGCCUGGAGCAGCAGAUCGUGGGGCGGGGCUCCAGCCAUGCGUGUGGAGACGAGGAGCUGUGGAGGCAGGUGGAGGCUCGGCUGAUUGAGGGAGACGCCCAGGACUCUCACUGCCUGGGUCUGGAUCCACUGGAGGUGAUGGAGGAGUCGCUCGAGGCGGCGACAGCAGCGACCGCACCGCUAGCCGCAGCCAGAGGCGUGAAGGUCAAAUCCAGAGGUCGCCUGCAGGGCCUGGCUAAAGCGUUUGAGGUCCUGGAGCAAGCGGCCCUCAACCUGUACCUCGGCCCCUGGAGGCACGAGUACAAGGUCGUCAAGAUGUAUUCUGGUACUUUCACCCACUUCAUCAAACCAGUGCUGUCCAUGCCUCAGAUAGAGAAGCUCUUCGGCCUGUUGGGAUACCGGCCCAGCUCACAGGAGCAGCUCUUCCUCCAGGAGCUCAGGACCAGCUCUGCUUCUCUGGACGAUCUCCUCCGCCUGGCCUGCAGCUUCUACCUGGCCCGCUGCGAGUGUCGCCUCCUGCAGGCGGCUCUUGGGAGGCAUGUGGGCGAGGCCCAGUGGGAGCUGAGUGUGGUGAGAGAGAGGCAGAGAGGAAACAGCCUGCAGGUCUCCAUGGACAGCACCAAGAGGACCAUGAAGGUCCACCAGCCGCGGAUGGAGCCGUUUGCCGGCGGCGUGGACGUGGACCUGUACACAGACGAGCUCCUCAACGGGGGGGCGGCGGCCGUGAGCGAGGACAAAACCUGGCUGACUCGAAAGAGUUCGUCUCCACUGGCUGUGAAAACCCACAGUGACGGCAUCACCGCUCAGACGUCCUCAUCCGCCCCCCCCGGGUCCGCCAGGGAGCACGUCUGCAUCACCACACUCAACUGCCAGCUGAGCAAGAUGUCUCCCGGGGACUCGGCGUUCGGCUCCUCCGGUGGGAGGAAGCCGGGCAGACGUCCGAGCGAGGGCUCCAGGUUGGACAAGGCCGACCCUGAACCCCACAUGGGCGGCUCGCAGUCAGAAGCUGUGGCUCUGAGUGAGAGUGAGAGUGAAGCCGACCACUUCUGCAGCUGCCUCCAGUCUCCUGAUGUUUGCCUCCGACGCUGUGGUGAGUGUAAGACGCUGCACAGUGGGACCUGUGCGCUGCUCCAGCACUGCCUGAUGGAGCUCCACGCCGUGGAGAUCUUUUACAAACCUGAAGACGUCAAAGAAUCUGGAGCAGCGUCGCCUCAAAGUCUCUCAGCGAUCGAGACGAAAGCAUCUCCAGCUCUCACCAGCGGCGUGGCCAGGUCCUCCACAGCUCCACGAGAUGACCCCGAAUCCCAAAUCCCUUCCCUUCAGCCAAUCAGCUUCCACGACUGCUGCGACCUGGCCCAGCUGGACCCGCAGGUCCUGUGUCACAGCUGCAGCGUGUUCCACUCCGAACCCUGCAGAGAGCUGGACUACUGCCGGAUCCACCACACCACCAAGCCACUGGGACGGUGUGGCUGUGGGAAGCUGUGUCCCAGAAAACCUCUGGUUCUGUGCAGAUACUGUGGAUCCGAGUACUGUCGGGACUGUUGGUACAGGAAUCCUGUCUCGUGCACCUGUGGCCAAACGUUUGACCAGUCGUCCUCCGUGUGAGUCUCACUGGAACCGCUCUGCACUGCCGAGCGAAGCCAAAGUGCCUUGAACGUGCACACGUUCAAAUCAAGUACAAUCAAAUCCCCAUGUUGCCUUGGCUCAGUGCUGACACGCAGUAUCUAAGUGUCCCAGUUUUUCUAUUUGUGCAGUUGUGUUUGUGCGACUGACCCGAUGUGAGCGUGGAGACAAACGAGCAGACGUCUCCUUCGGCCUCGGCCCAGGGUCGGAUCUCUAGAUCCCACUUGUUACAGGAAACAACAAGAGACGCCUUCAAGCUGGACACUGAAUAGAUAUUUGUUGUUUUCUUUUUGAAGAAAAUUUGCCUUUUCAGUCAGUGUUCAUAUCUCCCUACAUACCCCCCCCCCCCCCCCCUCACUGGCUACAUCCUGAGCUUCGCCACCAACACGGCCGUGAUUUGAAGAAAUGAAAAAGAAACCAGAGCUUUUUUCUUUGGCCUGCAGGACAAUGAUAACCAGGUCGGACUUUGUGAGUCUAGAUCACAUCAUCAUCAGAGUUGUGUGUUGUUGUUGUGACCUCGGACACUUCAGUGUAACUUGGUGCAAAGCACAAAGUCUGUUUCAUCUGUAUUUGUUGCCUGCAGAGUAAAAAGGGUCAAUGCGUCA